AUGAUUUUGACAAUACAAAACUUCAUAAUGGGUCCGGCAUUACCUGAGUUACAGGUUAUAUACAGCGCUAGUGUUCAACAGAUUUCAAACACACAGACCAUUGCCUCCGCUUUCUAUUUGGUUGGAUCUCUCAGCAUAUGUGUCGCUAGCAUGACAUACGCCCGACGAUUGGAUGUAUUGUACGUAUUGUACGCCAUCAUUAACAUAGGCUGCGGAGGAAUAGACUCCGUGACCAACGUAUGGAUAGUGGAGAUGUGGGCCGACAAUUGCGGGCCCUAUACUCAGGGAUUGCAGUUUGUGAUGAUAAUUCUGAUUGGAUUGGUUGGCGUUAUCGCAAACCUGUGGACUUUUUGGCCACUUUAUGCCGCGUCCAGUGGUCUCCAUAUGAGCAACGAGUUGGCCGACAACAUCAAUACCGUACAAUUGGCCGCCACUACCGUCAGUCAGGCCAUAGCCAUACCGCUAUCCCUUAUUUAUGUAAUCCUUCAAUGCAAAAAUAUCAUGAUUGGUUAUACACCUAUGGUUAUAUACCUUCCGACGACUUGCGAGACAAUUAUCCCUAAGAAACCGAUGAGAAAUAUAAACAUCGAUCCCAUUAUGUUUGUCAACGGAGUGAUCGACUCAAUCAUUUGA